AUGUUCCUGGCCCACUCCACAGUGCUGAAGAGUAGCCGAGCGGCCAGUUCACAGAUGUUAUCAAUGCCCAUGGCAUUAUCCGGACCAGCCUGCUGGUUGUACUGGUGCCCGUACCGACUGCUGGGUCCACCACGCAGGCUUUGUCAUCGUCGCCGGCCUCCAUGUCGCUGCCCCCCGCCUGUGGAGACCCGUCCUCCUCCUCCCCCCUCAGGUAGCCCUUGUCCCCCAGCCCGUUGGUGCCCCCGUUGGGAUCUCCCCAGCCCCCACUCACCAUGGCCAUCGCUUGGUUACCGAACCACCGCAGAAGAAAAUGGGACAGUCAGCCAAAAUUACUGGCUGCUGUCAAGCUCACAGACACUCUGUGUUGUUUUCUUCCUCUCUUUUGGACCAAUUCCUGAGAUGAUCUUCCUUCCAUCCAGCGAGACUGAGAGCGCAGACACAGCUCUCCUAUUCUGCUGUAAUCCUCUCAGCGUCAGCAGCGGCAGCAUUGUGACCCACAAUGAAGACAUUCCAGAUCACCGCAAGCAAAACAACUUGAUGGCCCCCACAACAACAUCACUUCUCAUGUGGUCGUGGGCUUCUUCCUCAAGGCACUGCCAGCUGCGGCAGCUGCAGCAGCAGCAGCGGCGGCGGCGGCAGUAGCAGCAGCAGACGAGGCGACGUGGACUUGCCUGACCUGACUUACAAAAUGCACAGUCUCUGUUCAAGUAGAUCCUCCACACAAGGAAGUGCUGUCGUCCCCGCUCGCCGUAGCACGAGUGCUCGGUUGUGACAGUGUCCCUCUGUGCUGCUUCCUUCCAAAGGGAAAAAAAAAAAUUAAAGAAAGCAGGAGAGCGUCCGUCUGCUCAGCCCUCCAUAGUUCCUGUGGUUGCUCUCCAGGCACUCAUGCAGGCUUCUCCUUCCAGCCUUUUGUCAGUGCUUGCCCACCAAGAACUAAUGACUUGCGGCCUAGCCCUGUGUGCUGCCCUUCGUCCGUUUGUGUGUGUGUGUGUGUGUGUGUGUGUAUGUGUGAAGCCUUUCCCUAUGGCUCAGGCGAAAAGGAGGUGGGGGUGGUGGUGCUCCUCUUCCCCCUCUCUCUCUCUCUCUCUCUCUCUCUCUCUCUCUCUUUCUCUCUCUCUGAAUCAAAUUAUGAUUCAAGAAAAUGGCCACAGCGCGAGACUGGCUGGAUUUUUUUUUCCUUGCCUCUCUUUCCUCUUGUGUGUCUGUUUUCCUCCAAUCUAUUUGUUUGUGUGUGUUUG